GACGAAUCGGUAGAAGGAUGAAAGAAAAGCAAAGGCUAAAGGAGUAGACGCUGGGGUGUUCGCCCGGUACUGAGAGAACGAAAAACGAGCGGUGAAUUUGUGACUGUCUUUCAGAAAUACAAAGUAAGAGUAAAUAUUAAAACGGUUUACAUUAAAAUAAUUCAUUUAUCAUUUAGGUUAUCGAUCACGAAUGGUUCUUUCUGUAUACCAGGAUGACUCCUUCGGCGCAAUUCGAUGAUUUGUUGAGUCUUGUAGGACCUAGUUUGACCAAGAAGAGCUACCGAGAACCUCUUUGUGCUUCACAAAGACUCGCGAUCACGCUCAGAUAUUUGUCGCAAGGCGACUCCGUGUUCAGUAUAGCAUCUGGCUACAAAAUAGGACGUUCCACUGCGUCAAUGGUUAUUAGAGAGACUACGAUAGUAAUUUGGAGAGUGCUAAAUAAAAUCGUGUUGAAAACGCUCAGUGAAGAAGACUUCAAAAGAAUUGCUAAUCAGUUUUUAAUGAGAUGGAAUUUGCCACAUACUUUAGGAGCUUUGGAUGGAAAACAUAUCGGUAUCCAGUGUCCUGCAAAAUCUGGAAGUGAAUAUUUCAAUUAUAAGAAGCACUUCAGUAUCAUUCUUUUGGCCUUAUGCGAUGCACACUAUAAUUUCACCUAUGUCAACGUAGGUGCGUAUGGGUCCCAAAGUGAUGGUGGAGUACUUGCCAAUUCAGCUCUAGGAGAAGCGUUGCAAUCGGGAGAUUUACCUAUUCCUCCGGAAGACUUUCUGCCGAACAGCCGCAUCAAAAUGCCAUACUUUUUUGUUGGCGACGACGCUUUCACAUUAAUGAAACAUUUAAUGAAACCUUUUAAAGGACUUCACCUGACCCUUGAGCAAAAUAUUUUUAACUACAGAUUGAGUCGUGCGCGACGCGUUAUUGAAAAUUGCUUUGGCAUUCUCGUUGCUAGAUGGAGAAUUUUUACUCGCACUAUAACAGCAAGUCCCUCAACAGUGGACAGCAUCGUGAAGGCUACGGUCUGCUUGCACAAUUUUUUGAAACAAAAAGAAUAUAACGUACCUGAAUGCAGAAAGAAAUAUUGCCCGGCUUCAUUUUGUGACAGUGAAACGGAUGAUGGAAUAGUACCAGGUGCUUGGAGGAGAGAAGUGGAGCAAAAUGGAAAUGUGACCUUACAAGACGUACACAAAACCGGGAGGGGAGGGAAUAACCCUGGAAGAGCAGCGCUACAAUUACGAGAAACAUUAACUCAGUACCUCAUAAGCCGUGCAGGAGCGUUGCCUGGGCAAGUUAAUUAUGUGAACAGGGGCAGAAGGAUGUAA